AUGUUCCUGACAGUCUUACUCUUGUCUUUGAUCUCAGCAACUCUCUGCGCAGAGGACAAAUAUCUCACCCAACUCGUUUAUAAGUUCAUAUUCACUCAUGAACCAGUCUGUGAGUUUCAAGAAACAAACUUUAGAUUUGAAAUUGAAAAUUUCAGGCGGAGAUCCAUUCCACGAGCCGAACUGGCUUCCCGCCAUGGCUUCUUGUAAGGUGGACUGCGAACCCACGCAGUUCCUCUGCUUGGUUAGUGCCACAGACACGAACGUCCAGAAGUGUCGGCCACGUGAGUUUUAAAUUCAAAGAUUGAAUCUCAAGUUCUAACUUCAGUUGAGGAGAGUUGUACUCUGGCCAUCAGAAAUCACUUGGGAUGGAGCUCGACUUUUGUGACUGUCCCAGCAUCGAGUCCACCGACGACUACUUCCACGGCCCAGCCUCCACCGAAGACAUUGUUUUCUGGACCAUGGAGCACUUCGUUCAUACCACAGCUUAGUUUGAGGUCAGAAAAAGUUUUGGGUUGUCCUUAAUUCUAAUGUUUAGUCCUAACAUCCAACCGAAACAGGUGUUCAAAGCGGUUUCACUGCCUCCGGCUCCCCAUUUUGUCCAAAACUUUUCCGGUAAAGAUCGAAACUUUGGUCGCACAGGCGGGAUUUUGAAAAGUCCCGAGAACCGGGACGAAAAUCUUCAGCAAAGAGAGCUCCCCCGGCGAAUUCCCACUCCUGUGUGAGUUCGAAAAACUUUUUUUCACUUUUAAAAAACUUAAAAAGAAACUGUAGAUUGAUUUGAGGAUUUUUAUUUUUCAGGAAGGGGAGACAAAUUCUUAAAGAGCAGUUCGACUCUGAAAAAGUGAGGGAGUUAGGAAAGACCCUCAAUAGAUUUUCUCUGCCAACUCCCGGAUUUUUACAUUCGGCGAAAACAUAUUACUCUUCUAAUGAGCCUCUACUGACACCUCCGAUUAAAGAGGUCCGGCAAUUUUCCUUUUCAUGGUGUUUUAUUGAUAAUUUAGAACUUUCUGGCCAAUCCUGAGAACAGCUACGAUCGAAUAACAGAAGAACAGAACUCUGCAGCGCAAAUGUCACAGAACAACCAAAAGUCUUACACGGAAGAUUUCGAUCAGCAGCAAUUCCGAAAUCCUGAAGAGACUUCUAUUCAAGCUGUGACAGAAGAAGAAUUCGUACCGACAGGGACACGCAUCGAGGUUCGAAAGUUCUCGGACGGCUUUGAAAAACUAAAAAAAAAGUUUAAGUUCCCAGUUUUAUGUAUGAAAUUUCUUGUUUUCAGAAAAAAAAAAUAAUUUUUGAUAAAUGAAAGCCCUGGACGUCUCCAAAAGUUUUUCAUUUCUAUAAAAAGGAUGCUACAAAAAUCUCAGCAAAUAGCAUCAAAAAAACUAGAUAUAAAAAUUAAAAAAAAAUAUAUUUUGAUAAUUUAAGAUGUAAAAAAAUAGAAAAAAAUAGCCUGGUUGGGAAAUAUUGAGAAAACCACAAGACUUAACUUUUUUCAAGAUAAAUUCAGAUCGUUCCGCCAGUGCCGCCACCAGAUACAAGUCCUCCUCUGAUUGCGCCGUCGCCACCUGCGCCUCCGUCUCUAUUCCCGCAAAGAAACGUCGUGGCUCAAGUCGAACAAGGUGCAAACUACGUCCGCAGCUGUUUCACGACAAUAUUUGCAGAAAAUGCCGUGGACUACAGUACUAACUGCUGCGAAUGGGCGCUUCAAGGGUUGUGUGAUCGGAACUGGGGUAAAAUACGGAAAAUUUGUCCAAAAAGUUGUGGAUCUCUCAUUUGCGAAGGUACGACUUGAACGUAUUUCAUUACGGGAUAGUUUAAAACAUUUGUCUGAAUUUUUACAGACGUAGAAAGCAUAAAGUCAUGCACGAGAAUUGUAAAUGUCGACGUUGAAGAGUGCUUCCAAUCGCGGCGUGUCGUUCGAUAUCGUGGCUUGCGGAAGGCGAAGAAUGCGGUAGAAAAGCAACAAUUGAUAGACGGAAUCGUCAAUUUGAAUGUGGAUAGAUCUCGUAAAAAAUCGAAGAAGUCAAAGCGACGAAGGAGCAAGAAGAAGAAGCUGAAGCACAAGACGCGUCACUUUUAG